CUUACAGCCGUUUUAUAUUAUGUUAUUUACAAAUUAUGUUAAAGAGUUUGAUAUUUAUAUUAAUGAUUAUGAUAAUUGUUAUGAAUGGUACAAAUGGAGAAUCGGAAGGAAUAUCUCUAUUGAAGCAGAAAAAGGCUCAAAAGACUAACAAAAACCGAUCGAGAGCUCAGUCCAGGGCUUCGGGCACUUCGACCGCCUUUUGGCCAAAUGGUGUCGUUUACUAUCAAAUCGACAAUUCCUUAUGUAUGCUUCACACCGACGGCUCAUUACAAAUGCUAUGCGAGGCAUACAGUCCCGCUCUUGCAUUGGGAGACGGAUGCUAUUCAUCGGUGGGCAAAGUGGGUGGCCGUCAGUACUUAUCGCUGGGCAACGGGUGUCACGACAUCGGGAGUGCGAUGCAUGAGAUACUGCACGCGCUGGGUUGGGGAGACGUCGGGUUUCACGGCUCACAUCAGGUGAAGACACCAAACAUAGACCUAUUGGCCGGAAGUGGUAUUCUUUUAAACAACUAUUACGUGUCUCCCAUUUGUUCGCCGUCGAGAAGCGCUAUCUUAACGGGUUAUCAUCCCAUCCAUACCGGUCUACAGCACGACGUCUUCAACGGCGCCGAACCUUUCGGAACUCCUCUUCAAUACAAACUACUUCCACAACAUCUGAAGGAUUUGGGUUAUGAGACACACGCUGUGGGCAAAUGGCAUCAGGGAUUCUUCACUAAGGAUUAUAUCCCAACUCAGAGAGGGUUUGAUUCACAUUUCGGGUAUUGGACGGGACAUGAAGACUAUUAUGACAGGACUUCUAUGGAAAACUGGUGGGGAAUCGACUUCAGAGACAAUGAAAAGCCGGCAAACCUUACAGAAUAUGAGGGCAUUUAUUCAACAGAUAUUUACACAAAUAAAGCCAUUGAUAUAAUUAAUGGGAGAUGUAAUUCAACAAAACCUCUGUUCCUAUAUCUGGCCCAUCAAUCGGUUCACGCGGGGAAUAUAAUGGAUUCACUUCAGGCGCCGCAACAAUAUAUCGAUCGAUUUAAAUACAUCGAAGACUACAGAAGACGAACAUUUGUAGCGAUGGUAUCGGCUUUGGAUGACUCGGUUGGAGAGGUCUUCUCCGCCCUCCAGAAGGCGAAUAUAUUAAACGAUACGAUCAUUAUAUUCACGACAGACAACGGGGGCGCCACUGGAGGGACAGCCGGAUGGAGUAUUGAUGACAGUAUUGGAUCAAAUUGGCCGCUAAGAGGCGCAAAAUACACGCUAUGGGAGGGAGGGAUUCGCGGCAUUGCUUUCAUAUGGAGUCCAUUCUUAAGAAAGACAUACAUUAGUGACCACUUAAUGCAUGUCACAGAUUGGUUGCCCACAAUAUACAGCGCAGUCGGCGGUAAAACUCAAGACUUGGGACCCAUUGAUGGCAUUGAUAUGUGGAAUAUUCUUAACAAUAAUUUACAGAAUCCAAGAAAAUCUUUAUUGCAUAAUAUAGACCCCAUUUGGGAUGUUUGGGCGCUCAGGUAUGGCGACUAUAAACUAAUAUCGGGGACAGUAUAUAACGGAGAUUUUGACGGUUGGUUUUUACCCCCCGGAGAAGCAAAUGAAACAACAACUGUAGAAAAUUUGGUUGUUUCCCAAAAUUUGCAAAUUAAUUACAGAAAAUCAAAAGUUUAUAAAACAUUAAAACGAUUAAAUUUCGACUCAAUUAGAGUGAAGGAUAUUGUGUUGAAAUGUAACUCAUCUUUGAUGACAGACUGCGAGCCGACAAUAACUCCAUGUCUUUUCAACAUAAAGUCAGAUCCGUGUGAAUAUCACAAUAUAUACCAACAAAAUCCAGAUAUUGUCAAAACAAUGCUAAACGUAUUGAAUACAUAUAACGCAAGUGCUGUCCCGCCGGGCAAUCAGCCCGUAGACAAUGACGCAAAUCCUGUUUAUCAUAAUUACAUCAUAGGUUGGGGAGACGUCGGGUUUCACGGCUCACAUCAGGUGAAGACACCAAACAUAGACCUAUUGGCCGGAAGUGGCAUUAUUUUGAACAACUAUUACGUGUCUCCCAUUUGUUCGCCGUCGAGAAGCGCUAUCUUAACGGGUUAUCAUCCCAUCCAUACCGGCCAACAACACGAUGCAUUGGGUGCUGCCGACCCCCGAGGAAUACCACUUCAAUACAAACUACUUCCACAACAUCUAAAGGAUUUGGGUUAUGAGACACACGCUGUGGGCAAAUGGCAUCAGGGUCACUUUAAAAGAGAUUAUAUCCCAACUCAGAGAGGAUUUGAUUCACAUUUCGGGUAUUGGACGGGACAUGAAGACUAUUAUGACAGGACUGCUGUCGAGAACUGGUGGGGAAUUGACUUUAGAGACAAUGAAAAGCCGGCAAACCUUACAGAUUAUGAGGGAAUUUAUGCGACAGAUAUUUACACAAAUAAAGCCAUUGAUAUAAUUAAUGGGAGAAGUAAUUUAACAAAACCUUUGUUCCUAUAUCUGGCGCACCAAUCGGUUCACUCGGGAAAUACAAGACAACCCCUUCAGGCGCCGCAACAAUAUAUCGAUCGAUUUAAAGAUAUCAAAGAUAUGAGACGAAGAACUUUUGCAGCGAUGGUUUCGACUUUGGAUGACUCGGUUGGAGAUGUCUUCUCCGCCCUCCAGAAGGCGAAUAUAUUGAACGAUACGAUCAUUAUAUUCACGGCAGACAACGGGGCGGCCACUGGAGACACUGCCGGUAUGUUUGAUGACAGCAUUGGGUCGAAUUGGCCGCUAAGGGGCGCCAAAUAUACCUUAUUUGAGGGCGGGAUUCGUGGCACUGCUUUCAUAUGGAGUCCAUUAUUAAGACAGACAUACAUUAGUGACCACUUAAUGCAUGUCACCGAUUGGUUGCCCACAAUAUACAGCGCAGUCGGCGGUCAGACUGAAGACUUGGGACCCAUUGAUGGCAUUGAUAUGUGGAAUAUUCUUAACGAUAACUCUCAGAAUCCACGAAAACAUUUAUUGCAUAAUAUAGACCGCGACAAUCAUAUGGAUGUUUGGGCGCUCAGGUAUGGCGACUAUAAACUCAUAUCGGGAACAGUAUUUGGCGGACGUCUAGACGGUUGGUAUUUGCCUCCCGGAGAAGUAAAUGAAACAAACGAUAAUAAUUAUGUCACUCAUCAAAGUCUGCAAAAACAUUACCUAAAUUCAAAAGUAUAUCAAACUCUCAAACGAUUAAAUGUCGAUUCAAUUGAAGUGAAAGAAAUUAUUGUGAAAUGUAACGCAUCCCUGAAGACAGACUGUAAGCCUACAGUAAAUCCAUGUCUUUUCAACAUUAGAUCAGAUCCGUGUGAAUACAACAAUAUAUACCAAAAAAAUCCAGAUAUUGUUAAAACAAUGCUAAACAUAUUGCAUAUUUAUAACGCAAGUGCUGUCCCGCCGGGCAAUCAGCCCGAAGAAGAUAAAGCAAAUCCUAUUUAUCAUAAUUACAUGUGGGAUAUUUGGCGU